AUGGCCAAGAAGACCCCAUCCAACCGUCCCACUACAUCCCGAAGGGUCAACAAAACUACUCCUAGCGACACUCGUGUCACUGGUGCCGUAGAAUCUCUCGUCGAGUCUCAGAUCUUAUGUGAGGACACGAGCUUCUCAGAGAACAUCUCUCCAUACCACUCUCGUGGGCGUCUGACGCCAACUUCACCAUCAAUCGUCGAUCUCGAGAGCGACAGUGAGAGCGUUAAGAAGUGUGAGGACUUCAGGCCUUCCCUUCACAGCUUCAACCAACUUGCGGAGGCUUUCGCGUCCCCCUCAUAUUACGCGUCGUACAUUGAUAGGACUGCUAUGGUCAAACAGUUGAAAGAGCGUAUGUCUGAGAUGAAGGAGAAGUAUUGUGUCGCUUUCGAUGCGUCUAUGUCUGAGCUGGAGGAGAAGCUUGCUACAAAUCCUGAUCAGAUUGGCCAUUCUGACGAAGAAUAUCCUGAUCUGGACGACGAAUUGUCCAAGGACGAGGAGCAGGAUACCGCGCAGGCGGAGCGUCAUAAAGCGGAGCGAAUCGCGGACGAUGCUAAGGCCUCAACUAUCUCCCGUCUUAAGAAGAAUUCUAUUCUUGAGGACACUUCGAAGCCUGUCAAGCAAACCCCGUCGGCUACUGCGAAGUCUUCGAACGCCAAAGUCGCCCCCAUUGCGGAUCCUGCAACCUUUCACGCCCCAUCGCUCUCAGCCAAACACGAUGAGACUCGGGGCACCAAACUGGCCAACGCACUCUUCAAGUUUUGUAUAAACAGUCCAGAAGAUUUCACUGCAAAGGAAGCAUACAACGUCUUGCGCAUGUGUGGUGGCGAUGCAGAUUGCGCCCUUAUACUAUACCAGCAGGCCGCCGAUGAUCCAAGUAAGCUCAAGCAGACGUUGAAGAGGUGGAUGUCCUCGCAUCCAGAGAACGACGACAGCGGAACAGCCCAACUUUGCAACGAAGCCAACGAGACUGGUAUCAAGGAAGAGUACUGUGAGAGUGAGGCGUCUGAUGACACUGCCCACUCGGAUAAGGAUCAUCAUGACGAUGCAGACGACACAUGGACAGACGAUGUCUGGGGUACAAAGACUGCUAUUCAGCAUGUUAAGGACUGCUUGAACACAUGGUGCAACGGUCGCUGCGUUGAGGAGCUUGCUCAAGAAGUAGAUCCAACCACUGUUCGCCAUGGCUCGACUAAGUUGGAGAAGGAUGACAAUACUGCUCAGUAUAUCGGUAUUUGCUCGUGUGCAUGGCCUAGAAUUGGGUCUUGCCGGGUCUGUUCCGAGCUUUCCCGCCAGGAUAUCCACCAAGACGACUCCGACCCCAAGACCGCCUCCGCUUUCGGCCAGCAGGACGUCCCCGAUGACACUACCAGUGCCUUCACAGGCAAGCUUUCAGAGCCAACCGAUUAUACCGUCAGCUACUGGGCCACCAUCGAGCACGAAGGCCAAAUGGUUCACAUCCCGAUCGACAGCAGCAAUGUCACCGGCCCCGAGAAAUCCAUCAUCGAAGGCGCCGCUGGUAUGAACAAGGUCUGGAAGUGGGUUCAGGAGAAGGGUCUCAUGGAUAUGGUCAGCCUCCAGGAUGCAUUCGACCUGGCCAAGGAUAUGCAUGUUGAGUCUCCAACGGUUGUUGACAAGGCCUGCCAGACUGACGGCGAGGGAGAUGAUGACUCGGAGUGUGUUCCUUCGUCUUCUUCUUCUGGUUCCUCUGCCUCUGAGAUCCCUUGGGGUGCGGUACCCGCGCCUCGUGAUUGGGCGACUUCGAAGACCAUCCUAGGCUAUGCUAAAUAG